UUUCUACAGGCGCGUAGGCGGGACUUCUGGUACAGUAGUGCUAGUAGUAGUCCAAUAUGGCGGUUAUGUCCCUCGCUUGAUAGUGUGGUGGAAGCCGCGAAUAAGUUAAGGUAGUUCAGGUGUGUUUCAGAGCAGGAAGAGACGGUAGAAUCUGACGGUUUAGCGGCUGCAGGCUGCAUAUACCGGCAGUUGGAGAUGAAGGGGAAAGAACGAUCGCCCAUGAAGAAACGCUCCCGAGCGCCAGAUGAUAGCAGAGAGCGAGGAGGAAGCCACUCGAACGGCAAGAAGACCGGAGCCUUGUCGACCGUUGGAAGCAACAAUGGCAACGGUUCAACUCAAAGAAGAAGUUUGCACAGUGAGAAAAAGGACAUGAGGGAUUCAGACGGACACGGUUCGUCCGGUCGGGGCGGUAGCGGUUACGACUAUGGAGUUAUUUCGCUGAACAAGCCGUACGGCGGCGCUGACAUCACUGCGGAAACAUCCAGGUCCGGUUCACGCAGCGACUCACGGCCUCCGUCAGACCCCGAAAGUGAGUACAAGACUCUGAAAAUAAGCGAACUGGGCUCUCAGCUGAACGACGAGGAGAUAGAGGACGGACUGUUUCACGAGUUUAAGAGAUUUGGCGACGUGAGUGUCAAAAUAAGUCGAGAAAACGACGAGAGGGUGGCUUUUGUGAACUUCAGGAGGCCGAAUGACGCCCGGGCGGCCAAACACGCCCGCGGGAAGUUGGUGCUGUACGACCGGCCUCUCAAAAUAGAGACAGUGUACAUGAACAGACGUAGAAGCCGCUCCCCUGUUUCAAAAGACAGUUUCCCCCCUGGACAGAGGCAUCCGCACUCCCAGAGACCUCUCUCUCCCACUGGUUUGGGAUACAGAGAUUAUAGGUUACAGCAGCUGGCUCUAGGCCGCCUCCCCCCUCCUCCCCCUCACUUAAGAGAUCUGGAGAGAGACAGAGAGUUUUCAAUGUAUGAUGCUAGAAACAGACCCCCAUUUAUACCUGAAUGUGCUGUUUACCGUGAUGAGGACCUGAUGAGCCCUGUGGAUGAUCAGAGGGCAAACAGGACUUUGUUUCUGGGCAAUCUGGACGUCAGUGUGACGGAGAGUGACCUGAGAAGGGCGUUUGACAGGUUCGGAGUGAUAACAGAAGUGGAUAUAAAGAGGGCAGUGAGAGGCCAGAGCAGCACCUAUGGAUUCAUCAAGUUUGAAAAUCUUGACAUGGCUCAUCGUGCCAAAGUGGCAAUGUCAGGGAAAGUGGUGGGCCAUAACCCGAUUAAAAUCGGCUAUGGUAAACCUACGCCCACAACCAGGCUGUGGGUGGGGGGCCUUGGACCUUGGGUUCCACUCGAAGCACUGGCCAAGGAGUUUGACCGUUUUGGCACCAUCAGGACUAUAGACUACAGGAAAGGUGAAGUCUGGGCUUAUAUCCAGUAUGAAAGUUUGGAUGCUGCCCAGGCUGCAUGUACUCACAUGAGAGGCUUCCCUCUCGGGGGCCCUGACAGGAGACUCAGAGUUGACUUUGCGGACACAGAGCACCGUUACCAGCAGCAGCAGCAGUACAUGCAGCUGCCUCUCCCCCUGCCACACUAUGACUUAGUUCCUGACCCCUUUCCCCACCGUCUUACUGACUCAGCGAGAGUGAGAGAGAGGUCUCCUCCACUUCCUGCUCGCUUCAGAGACAGGGAUCUGUACUCCACUGCUGUAUGGCCUGGUCUUGGUGUCCAUGACAGGAUGAGAGGAGCAGGCUUUGAUCCCAUUGAUCAUCUUGAGAGGCGUUCCAGUGAGACCUGGUCAGCAGAGCGUGAGUUCCAAAGCCGAGAUCUAAACCGCAAACGGAGACAUUUGGAUGAUGGUGGCCGAAUGGAUCACUCACCAGACAUCAGUGACUAUAGUCUGCGCCGUCAUGGCAGCUCAUUAGAGCGCAGCCCCGGAGGGAGCAGCCGGGACGGGGGGCGCUACAGUGACCCUGAACGCCUGCCUCGGUCUGGCAGAGCCUCCCCUGUCAGAGAGCGUCAGGACACUGGUUUCGGAGAUAAGAGAAGAAAAACACUUAGCCCAGUUGAGCCGGACUCUAGCUCUGAGCGGGACCGCAAACGCAAAUCCACUGACUCAUCUAAGAGCCCAGCAAGAAAAGAGGAUCGCUUGGGACACUCUUCCUCCAAGUCUGGCCAGCAGUCUAAGUCGGCAGCUGGAGGCCAGAAGCUGAGUCAGGCCUGGCAGGGUGUCCUCCUGCUCAAGAAUAGCAGCUUUCCCACAUCACUGCACCUGCUGGAGGGCGACAUGGAGGUGGCUACCAGCCUGCUGAUGGAUGGAUCCACAGGGGAUAAAGUGUCCCAGCUGAAGAUCAGCCAGCGCCUGCGCCUGGACCAGCCCAAGCUGGAUGAGGUUUCUCGACGUAUCAAGGCCGCCAGCUCCAGUGGGUGCUCCAUCCUCCUGGCCGUGCCCAGGAAAUCUGAAGAUGGAGCAGUCCAGGACGCCAACAGCUCCACCGAGAGACCGCUGAAGAACCUGGUGUCCUACCUGAAGCAGAAGGAGGCGGCCGGCAUCAUCAGCCUCCCUGUGGGGGGCAGUCGUGACAAGGACCAUGGAGGAGUCCUUCACGCUUUCCCCCCAUGUGAGUUCUCACAGCAGUUCUUGGAUGCCUCUGCCAAAGCCUUUGCCAAAUCAGAGGAUGACUACUUGUUGAUGGUCAUUAUCAGAGGAGCAUCUUGAAAAAAAGUGCAAAUUAUGAAUCUGUGUUGUCAUGCUCAUUAACUGUCAAACUGUGAGCUGUUAAAACAUGGAGAAAGUAAUGGUAACAAAACAGAGUAACAGCUAGUCUGUUUCUCGUCCUGUUGAAGGUUUAUAGAAAUUAAAGUCGAAUUGAAUGAAUUGAAUACAUUUUGAUAAGUUGAUGAAUUUGAAUUUUUGGAGCAGGUUAGUUAUCAGAUAAACGUACAUUACUUGAAGGGUACUCUGAUCACAGUAGUUCAGAGCACUGCAAGCUACAGUGCUGUGAAUUGAUACUAUAUGUUGCCUUAUCACAUUACAAGCAAAAGAAUCUCAUUUUCUUUAUGUCCUUUCAUACGAUGCCUGCCUAUAAAAACAAAAGGAUUUAAAAUGCAAAACAUGGUAUUUAUGGCCUUCAAUUUAUCUGUACUCGACGUAGAUUUAACCGGUCAGCGUCAACAUGUUUGUAGUGCUAAAUUGUUGUGCAGCCAGUCUGUGAAAGAAUUCAGUCAAAAUAAUGUACAUAGAAAUUUUCGAUUCAUUACGGAAAUAUAUCUGUGUGCUCUGAAGCCUCACCCGUUGCUCAUUAAUAGGCACGUUCCAGAUGUGCACCUGUAUUACUUUUUGCUGACCGAGUAAACAUUUUGAGUAUUUCCUAUUCAAAGUUUCACAUGACAGAUUCUCUAUUUUGAUCAGUUUUGGUCAGUCUGGUUUAAAGUGAAAGAGACAUGUGGAAAAUAUGGGCUAUUUUUAUCUAAUCUAGUCUUGCAUAUGUCGAGAUGCACGCACACAUGCAAGCCUUAUGGUUUAUAGUGUAAUGAUAACAUUAAUGUCAGUGCUCCUUUCUGAGCCACGUCUGGACGUUAUGUGACAUUACAAGGCGAAAUGAAUGCUGUUUUUCUGUUUUCCAUCACUGGUACGUGCAUGUAGGGGUGAACACAAGCAGCAAGCACAUGUACAUUAUAAUGCAGUUCAGUACAAUAACCCUGCAAAGAAUACAGCUUUUGCAAAGGGGAUUGUGUUUAGUUUUUGUUGAAGUGAUGUUAGGGAAGAGAUUUUAAGCUCGGUUUCCUUUCUAGUUUCUCACCCAUAGGUGUUGGAUUGAACUGCAUUAUAUUAAAAGCUAAUAUUUAAGGCUGAUAAUUAGUGAUCAUUCAGGAAAGAAAAUAUUUGGUCCUUACAACAACAAAAUUACUGAAAAUAUCCAUAUUCUUCUAAGGUGAUGUUUUCAAAUUCCUUUUUAUGAUCCUCCCAACAGUCCAAACCCAAAAAAACAUUCAGUGUUAGAAAAGGACAAGCAGGAAAGCUGAAACCUUCAAAUGUGUAAUUUCAGCUCUAAAUAUCAUUACCACUGAGUUCAAUCAACAGCCCUCAGCUUGAACAAAACUGAAUGUUAAAGCAUGUGAAAAGCGAAUAGGCCUGUUUUGAAAGGCACUCUAUAAUACUGGGUUGCGUUUGUGUUCAUCCCUGUUAUAUUGUACUUCAAUUCAGUCACUCCUCUUAUGUUAUAAUCCACAAUCUACAAUAACUACCCCAACAAAGCAUGUACUGUUUAAAAAAAACUGAUGUUAUAACCUAUAAAUGAAGUGCUGUAUGUAUGCCAAGCGCAUCUCUAAUAACUGACCAGAAAAUAUUGCUAUGCUGUCAGUGGACUGUGAUUAAAAAAGAAACAAAACGUCUGAACGAAUUGGGAGGAGAGACAGCCGUCCUCCGGUGGCAUUACACUCCUGCAAAGGACUGUUAUGUUUUUCAUGCUUUGCUUUUUUUCUCAGUUCUGUGUUUCAAAUGGAGAGAAAAAAUGAUUUGUGUACUCAGGAUAUCUGGAGAGAGAAAUGGAAAGCAUCAGUACUCAUGGGCCUAAGAAGUAUACCUGUCAGAAAAAAAACGCAAAGUGCGACAUGCACUUGAUUUUGUCUCAAUAAAUUUACUCUUUCGUGGGAAACACUCGGAAGACAA